AUGACUGGUUCUGCCCGGUCGCCGCCUUCCACCCCGAUUGGGACUAGUGCCAUAGGCGGGGCUAUCGCUCGAAGCUUUUUAUUUCCUCGGGCUUUUCCUCCAUCACUGCGGUUCACGACCCUGCUGUGCUCUUUAAUUUGCCUGCAUCUUUUGCCUGAUCGAGUCCCGUCUCUCGUCAAUUGCAAGUCGCAAAGUCCUGUUCUAGCACUUUGUGUUCCUUUCUCGCCGUUUUCCCCGCCACGAACCUCUUCCCGACAGGCUCUGCCUCGCCCUCACCCCGCCUUCACCACUUCGAAUCUCUCUCUCUCCUCCCAGCGAUCUUUUUCCCUUUCACGGGCACUCGAUCAACUUCCUCGCUCUCUCGAAGCGCAAGACCUAGAUUUCUCCAAACUUCACUAUUUCCACCACUAG